UUUUUAUCUCUUUCUCUCUCUAAAAAUAUAUGUUUUCUCUCCUUAAAUUUCUUCCUUCUCGCUUUUAGGGUUUCACAACAAAAUUUUCCCAGAAAAUUUGGGUGACAAAAGCGCAGAAGAAUCACAGAAGAAAGUCAUAAAAGAUGGUGCGCUUCAGCAACGUUUUAAUCGCAAUCCUCAACGUCCUCACCAUGCUCAUUGCCGUCGCCUCCCUGGCCGCCGGCAUUUAUUUUAACUUUAAUGGCGGAACCCACUGCCAGAAGUUUCUACAAAUGCCGCUUCUGGUGGUGGGUGCGUUUCUGUUUGUGGUUUCAUUGUGCGGAUUGGUCGGGUCGACGUGCAAGGUCAGCUUCCUGCUGUGGAUAUACCUGUUCGUAAUGUUUUUGAUGAUUCUGGGGCUCUUGUGCUUCACCAUAUUGGCGCUCGUGGUCACCAACAAGGGCGUGGGUCAGGUGAUAUCGAACCGAGGGUAUAAGGAGUACAGGCUUGGGGAUUACUCUAACUGGCUGCAGAAUCAUUUGGUGAAUGACAAGAACUGGGGUCGGAUCAAGAGUUGUUUGAUGGAUACUGACAUUUGCAGUCGUCUCGGGAAAGAGAUAAAUGACGAUGCUGCUGCAUUCUAUAAGAAGAAUUUGUCUCCAAUCCAGUCGGGUUGCUGCAAGCCGCCAACCUACUGUGGUUUUGAGUUCAAGAAUGCGACGUUCUGGGUGGUGCCAAAGACGGGGCCGGCGGUGGCAGACACCGACUGCAAGACAUGGAGCAACGACCAGAAGCAGCUGUGCUUUGACUGCAAAUCAUGCAGGGCAGGUCUUCUUGCCAACAUAAAGUCGCAGUGGAGGACAUUGGCUAUCUGCAACGCCUGCAUCUUUGUCGUCCUGAUCUUCAUAUACUCAGUGGGGUGCUGCGCCUUCAGGAAUAACAGAAGAGACAAAUACAAGUACCGGAGAGGCUUCCCGUAAACCCACUGGAUAUACUUUCUCGAAACGCCGACAUUGAUUAGGGUAUCUGAAACUUGAAUUUAAUUAUCAGGGCUCUUAUGUAAAUGGUUGAAGCCUGGUCUUCUCUUCUU